AUGCUUUUCUUCUUUCUUCAAUUUAUUCUUUCCUUUUCUUUUUUUUUUUCUUUUUCAUUCUGGACUCCUUUUCUUGGAUUCUUUCUCCUUUUUCUUUUCUUUGGGAUGGAUUUUUUUUUUCUCCUUCUUUUUUCAUUUCAAAUUUUAUCCUUCUCUUUUUUCGCCUCUUUUGCCAACUAUCUUCUUAUAGAUUCUUUUUCUUCAAUCUUUUUUCUUUCAUCAAUUGAUAUUCAUCCUAUCUCCUUCUUUUUUUUCAUUUUUAUAUUUUUAUUCUUUUUUCCACAAAACUUUUCUUUUCUUCCUUCUUUUUUUUAUUUAUUUUUUCUUGUUUUAUUCUUUUGUUUAGCCUGGAUGUAUAAUGCGCUUUCGUUUUCCUUUCUCGAUUUCUUUAAACAAAACAUGAAUUUCUUUAAAAGAGAUCUGCAAGGUGUUCAUGAUGACUUUGUCAUGGGAUUUACAACCCUCCCUUUUCUUCUUUUAUCCUAUUGA